AUGAAUGUGGACGAUGAGACUUUAAAGAACCUUUCCCAACGUUGCGGUGAAUACAGUCUUCGUUGUGGUCGUGAAGACCAACUCAAGUAUCAAUCUGUUGACCUUUUCCCUGAAGAUAUUGACCUGGUAACUGUCAACUUACAAAAGAAUGAUAUAGAGAAAAGGAAAAACUAUCCGAUAUACAGAAGCUUGAUUUCUCGAAGACAAAGAAAUAGAUUUUUAUUUACUCACAUGUUGUCUCCCACUCACAACCAGCCUUCACCUGAAGACAGAAUUUCAACUCCCGAUGCCAUUCUACAAGUGGCGUUGUAUAAACCGUCAAAACGCAUUGGAAACAAUAUCACUAGAACUUUAUCAAAUGAUAGCGCAAGUUUGGAAAAUGUGUAUGCUAUUCUUGGACAACAAAAGCUAACUGAAUUGAGAGAUCGCAUCCGUUGUGUUAAUGAUGUUCUCGUUACAGGAGACUACAGUGAUAACCCAGACCUCAACAUCAGUCUUUGUGCCUGGGAUGUGUUUAAAUCUGGGACAUUUUUCAUUGAAAAUGUCUUCUAUGAUGAUACAAGGCAACCUGAUAAUCUAAAAUAUAGCAAAGAAAUUGUUGAAUGGGCAGCUAAAUCAGGAAUUGAGUAUCAGUGUAAAACAAUGGAAACUACCAAGUUUAAUGAACUGACAGUACGAAUUGGUUGUCCAUAUCUUUACCUUCAUCAAGGCAAUUGUGAACAUCUUUUAGUUUUUAGUGAUAUAAGAAUGGUUCAUCCACAUGAUAAUCUGAACAUUAAUGAAUACCCUUGUGUAAUUCAACGUUCAAACAAGAGAAGAACCAUUUGUAGAGUUUGUGCAUAUGCCUCUGCCAGGUGGAGGACUGUUGAGAGUGAGCAUGCUUUAAAUAGUACUUCUUUUUUCUGUGAUGCAUGUUUUCGUUCCCUACACUAUGACAAAGAUGGGAAAAAGUUAGGCAAUUUUAAAGCUUACAAAUAUUUUGAUGAACAUACAGUCUUAUGA